AUGGGUAUCCACGGCAUAUACAAGGAAAUCGGUCCAGGCACGCGCGUAGCCCUCGCCAAGCUCGCCGUCGAAAAGUUCGAAGAAACCGGCCGUCCGCUGCGCAUUGCUAUUGACACAUCCAUCUGGCUUUUUCAGAUUCAAGCCAGCAAAGGCGGCACCAACCCGGCGCUGCGAACCUUCUACUACCGCCUCUUGCGCUUGAUUUCGCUCGCUAUACACCCCAUCUUUGUAUUUGAUGGGCCAAACAAACCGCCUUUCAAGCGCAAUAAGCGCACAGGCCCGAAUGUUGCUUCGAUACCCGAGUUCCUCGCCAAACAGCUGCUCAAGCAGUUUGGAUAUCCUAUACACCUUGCGCCGGGCGAAGCUGAGGCAGAAUGCGCGUUGCUGCAGAGGGAAGGCAUCGUCGACGCUGUUCUCAGUGAAGAUGUGGACACGCUCAUGUUUGGCAGCGGUGUGACCAUCCGGAACUGGUCGCCAGAGAAAUCCGGAAAAACACCAACUCAUGUCAACGUGUACGACGCAGUUGAGACGAAAAACGGGCCAUCAGGCUUAGAUCGCGAGGGCAUGAUCUUGGUCGCGCUCAUGAGUGGAGGAGACUAUGUGCCUGAGGGUAUACCCGGAUGUGGCCCAAAGACAGCGUGCGAGGCAGCAAAGGCGGGCUUUGGCGCCGACCUGUGCAAGAUCCCGAGAAACGACUCCCGCGCCAUGACCAAAUGGAGAGAGCGACUGCAGCAUGAGCUCAGGACCAAUGAAAGCAAGUUCUUCAGACGCAAGCACGGUGCAUUGAAGAUUCCCGACGACUUCCCCCGACUCGACAUUUUGGGGUACUACACACAUCCAGCAAUCUCGAACCAAGCUGGUCUAGACAAAUUACGCCGAUCGAUCAACUGGAACAAGGAGCUUGACUUUCCGGGCCUGCGAGAGUUUACGCAAGACGCCUUUGACUGGGUGAAACUCGAGGGCGCAAAGCACUUUGUUCGUAGUCUGGCACCGUGUUUAGUCGUGCGCCAGCUUUGGAUGCGCGCUGAACAGAUCAAUCGGCUGCCCACUGACGACUUGGAAGCUAUUCAAGAAGACGAAGCAACGCUCAUCAAAGGACUUCAUGGAAAACGACAACAUGCCAUCACGGACCAUUGCACUGAGCUUCGUGUAAGCUUCACACCCAUUGAGCUCGUAAAAAUCGAUCUUAGUCAAGAAGACCCAGACGACGAUGUAGAACUACCACCUAGCUCCCAGCAAGGCAUUGGAGACGCAGAUCUCGACGAGGACAUUGCCUUGGAUUUGGAGGACGAGGGUCCCAGAAAACGCGGGCCCACCAAGUUUGACCCCGGAAAGCCGGCACGCAUAUGGGUCAUGGAGACGUUUGUCAAAGUCGGCGUGCCGCUCAAAGUUCAGGACUGGGAGGCUGAGCGACGGAACAAGCAGAAACCCAGGCGAGCAGCAUCGGCUGAGGACACUAGUACUGCGGCACCGAAGACGAAGACAACCACAAGACGAACAAAGGCAACAAAAGACCAACCUCAAGUUCGUAUCGAGGCUUUUGCCAAAGUGACAAAACCUGGCCUGAGAGCUUCACGAGCACUUGCAAAGGCACAAGAAAAGGCUGAUGACCUUCCAGUGCCGUCAUCCCAGGCUGCAGAAGCGCAGAGCGAAGUGGUCGACUUGUUGUCCUCGCCGCCGCCCCAACCAUAUCGUGAGAAGUCGCUGUCUCCAAUUCCGGGAGAGUUGCCUCCAAGCAUUACGAAGCGGAGAAGGCGGGCUCCAAUGCAGCGCUCGAAAACACUUCCUGCCGAUACAAGCACUGUUUUGGAACGGCCCUCUACGCCUCCACUCCUGAAUACUAUAGAGACAUUGGAUUUGGUCGACUCCCCUGCCAAUCCCUCACCUUCGCCGCUGCCAGCAAAGAAAGCCAGGACAAGGACGGGGAAAGAUGCGGCUACAAGAACCUCUCGAAAUCCGUCUGUACCAAAGCAAUCCACUCUAGACGCAUGGCGAGCAUCAAUGUCACCGACGAAACAGCGAAGCACUGCUCCUUUGCUGGAUGUAGCGCCAGUCCCUGCACCGCGACUUCAUCCGCCAUCCGAAGAUGUCGAAUCACUAGACUUGACGCUCUCUUCACCAAGGCGUACAGAAUCCCCACGCCGUCAAAAGAAUACCGUAACAUUAACACGGCCGCCUCUGAUCUCGAUAUCAUCAAACGCAUCCCAUGCAUCCACAAGUUCGACAUCGUCAACAGGAUCGGGCAAACAGAAGAGUAUCAGGGACGCCUUCGGCCAGACGCGUCCCAACAAAACUAAAGCCUCAAGUCCCGACAUUGACAGCCUCGACCUUACUUCUCCCCGACUCUCAGUAGCAAGCUCGAGAUCGACAUCUCCGAAAGUAGACACGCUUGACCUGACGGAGCACUCGUCCCCUGUGAGGAAGCAUGCUGCAGAACCACAACCACCGGUCCCAACGCCAAUAUCUCCUCUCCCAACACAUUCAUCUGAAUCAUCCACAGAACGAUCGGCGAGCGAGCAAAAGUCCACUUCACCGCCCGCAGCCUGGAAAGCACAGGGCAAGAAGAAACGCGCCAUUGUGCUACGAAAAAGCGUAAUAGGCGCCUGGGAGUACGUCGAUAUUGAGAGUCCCCAGAAACCAGAAGCAUCACCCGGCAUCUUGCGCAAAGGCAAAGAACGGCGCAAAUGGCGAGAAAGCACCAUAGAAGUCCUAGAUUUGACAUGA